CUGCCAGCAGUGAAGGGACUAAAGUAGAUGAACGUUCCAGAUUAUCCUGUAGACCGCUCCGGUCAAAGUGAGAAGAAGAGGCAGCGCAAUGGAGGCAAAGCUAGCGGCGCUGGAGCGAGUCCAAACUCAAAUCCUGGAACGACUAUCAAAACUGGAGCACACUUACCUUCCCCAAAGCGAAGACGUCUCCGCACCAAAUCAUGAACCAAUUUCAGUCUGCGACACCGAAGCUCGACUCGCGAACAUUCUUCGAUCGAAUGGUGUGAACGAGUUUUUAUUCAAGAAAGUCCCAGCCGAUUACUACGACUGGCCUCUCGAAUCUCGAAGAGACAUUCUUGGUGCGGCUUCCAUCGAUCAUCUUUGCAAAAGCAUCGUAUUGGUUAAUACACAAGCCCCGCCCAAUGUCGUUGAUUGUAGUGACCGCAACAAUUCGAAGUAUUAUGUUGUGGUUGUUCAGUAUACUGCUCGGUUUAAUGCUGAAACUGUCAAAAACUUUUUGUACUCACUCAACAAUGGCAAGAUAUCAAAAAAGAAAUUUAACUUGAGGCUUACUCCUGAGGAGACCUCAGCAAAUUUGACUGGCUAUGAGCACAAUGGGGUAACAUGUAUUGGCAUGAGAACAGACAUUCCGGUGAUCUUGGACGAAGCAAUUGUAAAACUUAAUCCUGAUUUCUUCUGGUUGGGUGGUGGGGAUAUUGAUCUGAAGUUGGGAAUUAAGACCUCUGAAUUUAUCAAUUUUGUCAGACCUUUCAUUGUUAGUUGCAGUGGAAUGAAAUGAAACGAGUGCACCUACUCCAAAAGAUACUGAAAUGUUUGGAGAAAAAAUUAUUUUGCAUAUUUCCAGUGGUAGUUCCUUCUCUCAUUUUUGCCUGCAAAUGUAGGUCUGGGGAAAGAAAAGAAGAUUGCGAUUCACUCAAGGUUUGUUGCUUAUAUCUUUUUAGUCAAUUGUUGUUGAUGACAUAGCUACAAAAACAGCUAUCACAAUUUUAUCUUUAGUAGAGAAGCUAAAAUUCAGGCAAAAAUCUAUGGACGAAUCUUUUUGGAAGGAUCUGUUUCUUGUUACUUACUUUCUUUCCAACAAAGGCCUCGCAACAUUUUGACUACAAAUUUUAAGUUUUGACUAAUUAUCAUCAUUGGUUUUAGAUUUUCUUAAAUAAGUUAAAUGCAAAAUAAUGUGUUAAAUUACA